AUGGCAGAGGAAACGGCGGGAGAAGCACAGACGAUGAGGAUAAACACAAAGUCCAAGGCCAAGGUCGAGGCCAAGACACAGGCACAGACGUGCAUAUACGUCCCGCGGCUCUGCGCGGAUCCGCACUGCGGCGCGCUCGCGCUCGAGGUAUCUGUGCACCGGCCGUGUGCUGGUGGUACUCUUGGUGCUACUGCUACUGCUACUGCUACCCGUGCUUCUUCUGCUACUCGUAGUGGUAAGGGCCGCCGCAGUGGUACUUCCGCCGGGAAACGCUGCUCUGGAGGUUGCAUCCACCACGGCCACGGCCGCGGCGGCCGGCAGCAGCAGCAGCAGCAGCACGGGCAAACAUGCCACGACGCGCUGAUGUGUACUCUCCGACGCAAGGACCGCCUGGAACACCCUUCUUCCUCUUCUACUUCGUCGUCGUCUUCUUCUCCCAGAAGAGGCGGUGGUGGCGGUGGCGGUCCCAGAAUGAUGACGCCCGAAUACUCGACUCGGCUCAUAAACGCCAGCCUGCCGGGCCCGCUGGCGAGCUUCUCCAGCCCCUUGUUCCCCUGCGCGGCGGUGGGCGUCAAGAAGUGGGAGCGGCACGGGUUGGGGCAGAUGGGCGGUGGUGGCGGCGGCAGCGGCGGGACGAGGUUUGGUGAUGCGCAGGGGCGGGCUUGUCGCGGGUUUGGGACUGUGUGGUGGGAGUUUCAUGGUGGUGAGGAGGGUGGUGAUGAUGAUGAUGAUGGUGGAGCUCUCGGCCGAGGCAUCGCUUUCAAGGGGGAGGAGGAGCAGCAGGAGGAAGAAGUGGCAAGUGACGAUGCAGAGGACGAAGUGGGCAUUGACAAGGACCAAGACAAGCACGAAGACAAGGGCACGACGAGGAAGACGGCGAACCAGCACCCCAUGACCAAGAGCGGAAAGACGACGGGCCAUUUCCUCCGCAGGUCAAACUGCGCAAACUCCGGAGGUCCAGAAGGGCUGCUCUUCUGUGCAGAGCAUCUGCACAGGCAGUAUCCGGACCUGUCGGGCAAGGAGCUGCAGAGGAUCAAGGAGGUAUGGGGGGCCUUGAGCCAGACACGGCCUCAAGGUGAGUACGAUGCGGUGUAUCAGGCGAGCAAAUUUACAGGUCCUGUCGAAGGAAGGGCGACUGGUCAGGCCAGAGAGUCCGAGAAGUGGCGCUGUAGGAUAGGGGCCAAGCAGCCGCAGUACUGGACGGCCUUGAUGGGAAGAGGACUCGCUUUGUGA